CACUCCCAGACUUGCCAAACGCCAUUUGGUGCGCUCUGUAUAUUGGAGACCGAAGACAUCGUCGGCGUGCGUGGUGGGGAGUCUUGGAUCUGGAUCUACUACAGCUCAUGGCCGUGCAAACCAUCGGUUUCUCCUCUGAAUUCGGUGCUCGGGGAAUCGAUGAAACCCUGAUGCUGCAGCAAGACCCCAGGCAAGUUUGCAGCAAUUUUGGGAUCGGAAAGCAGCAGCAGUCCCAGAUCCGGACCGAUCCAAGUAUGUUUAGUGAACGGAAGAGAGAGCAGACUUGCAAUGUCUCCACUCCAGCGAAGCGCCUGCGGGCGGAAUCCGUCGCUUUGAAUGGUUGCAAUAGUGUGGCGACAUCGCCGUUUUUCCCCUUUCUCGAUCAGACUGCCAACGCGCCUGUGAAGCUCGUUGGAACAAUCCCUGGAUUUCUUCCAGAGAGUCGAUUGCCGGAAUCCUGUGCGACUUCGACCAGCGGCCGGCAUGCCUCGUCUUUGCAGCCCGUCUCGGCUUCUUUCGGUAAUCUCGUUUCUCUUCUCUACCAGCAGAAUUUGGAAAUCGACGCCUUCAUCCGCCUCCAGCACGAGAGGAUGCUUCGUGAGUUGAAGGAGAUGCGAACCCGACAUUGCCAAGCCGUUCUCUCUUCGUUACCGAAGCAAACGGCGAAAAGUUUGAUGGAGAAGGAAGCGGAGUUACAGAGCGCCGCCCGCCGGAACGCCGAAUUGGAGGAGAAGGUGCGGCAGAUGAGCGAGGAGAACCGGUUCUGGUUCAACAUGGCCAAGAACAACGAAGCCGUCGCGAGCAACCUUCGAUCGAGCCUUGAACAAGCCUUGCUUCGGGGCGGCGCCAGCUACGGAGACGCCGGUGACGUCGCCGCCGACGUGGUCCCCGACACCGACGACGUGGAGUCCUGCUGCGAAGCGGAGAACUCCGUGGCCGACGCACGGCAGUGGAAAGCCUGCAAGGCGUGCGGUGCGAGGGACGUCUCCGUUCUUCUGCUGCCCUGCCGACACCUGUGUCUUUGCGAGGACUGCGAGCCCGGGGCCGACGGGUGUCCCCUCUGCGGCGCCACCAAGCAGAAUUCCUUCCGUGUACUGAUGUGCUGAUGACCGGCGAUUGGUGGCGUCACGGUUUGGUGGCUCGCUCAGCGUCCGGUAGUAUAAUUUACUCGUUUUUUUAUCAAUUACGAAGCGGUAAAAGAACUCCUUUAUGUUUUUUAUUAAAUUUUAAUUCGAGGGAUUUAUUGUCGUCUAAUUUAGCCGAUAUUAUUAUUUCA